GACACCAUCUCUCUCUCCCUCUCCCUCUCUCUCUCGCUCGCUCACUUGCUCGCUCUCUUUCAGAUACACACACCAUUCAAAAGUUAUAGCAAAGUCUCUCAGCUUCAACAGGCAAACAGCUGUCGACCGCUAACUUCAGAUCGUCACCCCCCCCCUCCUUGCAAGGGCACUGGACUUGGUCUACCUCUCUCUCUCACACACACACACACACACACAUACUGACUCACUCACUCACUCAGCCACUCAUUCAGUCCAAAUCUCAGCACCCUCAGCUGUCAGAGAAGAGCCAGAGGAAUAGAGGAAAGCCCCUCCAACACAUUUCCGUCUCCCUCUGCCACUGAGUCAACCAGCAUGUGGAUUGUGCUUUGCCUUGGACUCACCUUUGGAUUAUUGGCCUCCUCUUGGGCGGGCUCCACUCAAGAGGUGAAGGUACGUGGUUGCAGUCAUAGAGGAGUUUACUAUGUUCAAGGUAAUGAUCGACACUCUUUGGAUUUUACCGAAGCCCAGAAACUAUGUGAGUUAUUGGGAGCAUCUCUGGCCAAUGCUACACAAAUGGUCACUGCCUAUGGCACAGGCCUGGAGAUCUGCAGGUAUGGCUGGAUCAACGACGGAAGCAUCUCCAUUGUUCGCCAGAGGGCAAACGUCUUGUGUAGAGCCAACCAAACGGGCGUUAUCAUAUUCAAACCUACAAAUGGAACAUAUGAUGCUUUCUGCUACGACGACACAGACAUGUCAGAUAAAAACUGUACACUGGCAAUCAACCUUGAAUCUACAGUAGACCCUAUACCACCCAAGCCUAAAGAGGUCACCAUAGUCCCAACCACAACUGCUAAUGAAGGGAACCAUGAAGAAAGUACGACUGAGGAUUCCACUGCAGGGGACCAAGAUACACUCUUUAGUAAUACUACUUCCCCCACUGAACCUCUUGAUAUAGAGAAGCUUGCUCCAGUCACCUCACCCAGUGAACACAAGGAAGAAGGAGAGACUCAGACUACACAGUUCUCCACCCUGUUGGAGACCUUUACACCUGUUGGCAACACUGAAGAUCUGACCACAAACAGUCCUUCUCAGACUGACCCACACACACAGCAAACAAUGAUGGAAGAGAGGCCCACCGCUUCAGUGCCUGCACUGGAUACCACAGGCUCAGGUAUGGGGGAGCUAUUCACCAAAACCACAGGAGAAUCACGGAACACAGAAUACAUCAGCGAUAGUACAACUGCAUCAGACACUGGAGAUCACUUUGGUACUUCAAUUGACACUGCAGAGGAUGUGCACGAGGGGAAGAUGAAUGCUCCACCAGAGGACAAGUCGAAUAGUGGCUCAUCAGACUGGCUGAUCAUUGUCGGUGUGAUUGUGGCCGUUGCAGCCAUUAUUCUCAUCUGUGCUGCUGUGGCAACAAGGAAAAGGUGGUGUGGUAAGCAUCAGACUCUGAUGAUCACCUCGAAGAGCAGCAGUGAAGGGAACGGCACAGCAGCCGCAGCAAGCAGCUCCCGCGCCCAAGAGAGAGAGCAGGAGAUGGUGACGCUCAUGCACAAAGAGAAGAUCCAGGAGAACGGCAACACGGAGGAGUUUACUGUCAUCACUCUGGAGGAGUCACCAGAAAAGAACCAGCAGGCAUGAGAGAAAGAGAAAGAGAGAGAGAGAGUGAGCAAGAGGUAGGAGGUAAGGUGUGAGAUAGGAAGGUCAUGGUUUAUAUGUUGACCAGGGAGAGAGAAACUGGUUGGUUUAGUGCACUGACAGACUGGUCUGGAGAGCAAUGGACACUCUCAUACUGCUUAAGAGAUAAGGUGGAGGGUGUCUGCAAGGUGAGCGAUUUUGUUUGUCAGUCCAAAUGUGUCUCAGUUUUUUGUUUUUCUUGUGAUAGCAGUGAAUCCUCUUUGAUAACUGUACUCCACCACUUCAAAAGGGACAACUUCUACUUAAUGGCUUAAAUUUGGGUGUCAGACAAAGGAAAAAUGCAGCAGUUCUUUAUAUUCCAACGAAGGAGAAACAUCUGUAUUUUCAUAUUUGCCUUUCAUAGUGAGAGGCCUUGAUGAUAUAGGUCAGACUUGCAUUGCACUGGGUCAUGCCUUUAGACCGAAUGCGGCUGACUUUACAUAGAUAAGAGAAGGUGUUUAGACUCGAGCCUAGACAUCAGAACUUAGGGCAAAUUUGACCUAGACUGCCUAAUUUGCAAGCAGAUAAUGCUGCCUACAUACACAAAAGCUUUCAGAUAGCUGCUAAAAAUGCUAACAGGUGUCAUUUAAUCACAAUUUUGUGCAUGCAAUCUCACAUCUUACUUUCUCUGGCCUUUCAUUGAAGAAGCUUUGUUUAUGUAUGACACCAGUCACUGUUAUCCUAAUGCAAGCGAUUCUGAAAUCUGAUUUCUGACAAUCUAGGAUGCUACAAUUAUCUUGCUCUGAUGGGAUGUUGUUCAUCUUUAACAGAUUAUAUUCAAAUCUAAACUUUCUGAUUUCUGAAAUCCCUUAAAGCUUUACUUUAACAUUUUGUUAUGCUUCUGGCUUUUGGGGUGCAGGACAGUCUUAUGGGGAAGGGCCUAAUGUAAAAUUGUAAAUAAGGGCCAUUAAAGUGCUGGGCUUUUCUCUGCUGAGUGUUAGAUAUAUACGACAAGAAAGGCUGCUAGUAGCUGAAGAUGUGACAUAGUGCACAGUGAUGAUGCAGCCCGCUGACGUGUUUUAGAAUCUUUAUGUCUUACCUGUUCUUUCUUUAUGUUAUAACCUUGUGUAGCUUUUCUUUUGUUUUUCUUUUAUUUGGUUCCUGUGGACGGGGAUAUACUUUUUUCCUUUCAAAGGAACGAGAUGUUAUUAUUUUAAUUUAUGCUUUUUUGAAUGUUAAUUGUAUAUACCACAAUGCUUGUUUACCAUAGAUUUUAAGAUUGGAUGUCCUGAAAUGUAUGGUAUUACUUUGUUUCACAGUUGUGGUAACUAUAGAGCAGUAACACUUUAAGUUCUAGGUAUUAGCUAGGGAGGUGUAAGGUACAAAUGCCAAAGUGCUAGUUAAGUAUUUGGGUUACAUAAUGGUACAUUCCAAGGUAGUCUAAACUAAAUUACACUGAAAUGCAGAAUAGGUUGUAACUAUCAAUGGGUACAUGUGUGGUACAAGCCACACUUAUGGGUAAAAAGUAGCAGGUAGUUAUUAAAUGUAAAAAAAAAAUCUGAAUAAAACACAAAAAGUGUCAUAUAGUGUAAAGCUGUCUAUUACCUGAAUCUGGGCUAUAAAAUAAAGCAGUGAUUCUUAAUAUCGUUUCCCACUGUCCCUAACAUUUACUUCAGAAAAGUGUCUUUGUAUUUUUGUGUUUUGUAUCUUGUACUUUAGAUAACUAUGUUUGUCAUUUUUGCUGUCAUUUUACUCCCUAUAACUUGGACUACUUAACACCUUGUCACUGCAAAUAUUUAUGAGGCAUUUUACUGUGUCCUUUGUCAGCUUAAGAGCUAGAAUAUGUGAUUAUAGUUUAAUGCUUAUCAUCAUUUUAUCCAAAAACAAUAACUCAGCACUUCAAGCUUGUACCCCAUACUCACUCAGUGGAUACCUAGAACUGGUUUGACAUUUAAGUGAAACUUAGUUAAACUGUUUUAAAACUUAUCAUCAUAAUCAUCAAAAUAACAAUCUAGUUCUUUGGAGUUUGUACCUUGCAUACUUAAUACCUAGAACAUAGGAGACAGUUAAAAAAAGUAUUAUGAUAACCCCCCCCACACCCACGAUUUUUUAACCAGCUUAAUCUUCUGGGUCGCAGAGGUGCUAAAGCCUAUCCCAGCAGUCAUUGGGCGGAAGGUAGGAAACAUUUACAUUUACGGCAUUUGGCUGACGCUCUUAUCCAGAGUGACUUACAAUUUGAUCAUUUUGCACAGGCAGGCCAAGGUGGUGUUCGGAGUCUUGCCCAAGGACUCUUAUUGGUAUAGUGUAGGGUGUUUGCCCAGGUGGGGAUUGAACCCCAGUCUACAGUGUAGAAGGCAGAGGUGUUGACCAAUACACUAUCCCAACCACAGGAAACAUCCUGAACCGGUAGCCAGUCAUUACCACAAUAAUUGUAUCCUAAAUUUUAUAAAAACAUCAAACAUCUUUCUUUUACCAUUGUAUUAAUUGCCUUAAUCAGUUUAAAUGUAAACUCAUUUCAUAUCAGAUUGAUGAUGUAAUAUAUGAGAACUACUACUGAUUUGUAUUUUUAAUACUCCAAAAUUAUAAUAUCAAAAACAUGCUGGUCCAGGAAAAGCUAUUGAAGAUUCAUGUGUCAUCGCUCUUAUCAUGCAUAUGCAAUUUAUAUUUACUGACUUUGAUGACAGUUAAUUAUCUUAGUUCAGAAACACCAGUGAUAUUGUGUGACCACAUUACCAACAAUGCGGGAUGUUUCACUUUGUUAUAUUAAGAUAAUAGGGGAAUUAAAUGAUGUUGCUUCCUAGUCAUGCUUUGCACAUUACAGUGCCUCCAAAGGCUCAAAGCAAAUGUACAUAUUUCCACACAUAAGCUUUCUUUUUCUCUUUCAGUGCAUUGAGAUGAUCAUAAAAUGAAAAGCAAAAAAAUCUAUGACUCCUUUAGACACAGAAUUCCAUUUCUUUUUUUCCCAUUGCUUUUCCUUCUGCCUUGUUGUGCUGACAUGCAUCUUUUCGAUUUUGUAUGCGGGAGAAUAGCAAAUGUAGUAGUGGUAGGAGUGUGUAACGAGUGUGUACAAUGAUAAAAUAACAGAUGAUUAUGAAGUACAAAAAUCAUGUUGUGUCCCAAAUGUAAUAAACAUGUAUAUAGGUGUUUGGGGA